AUGGAUGACGGUGAUGCGAUUCAACGAGGAGUAUCGUAUCCACGAGGAGUAUUAAUCAAUGUUGUCUACGAACUACUUAUUCUGGGCAGUUUACCAGUCUCUGUUCUCAGUAGCAAUGAUUCAACUAGUAGCAGAGCUAGUAAAUGUGAAAAUCCGCCAGUGAUUUUCAACUUCGGAGACUCAAAUUCCGACACCGGAGGACUCGUCGCCGGACUGGGUUUUAACAUUCUCCCACCAAAUGGCCGGACUUUCUUCCAGAAGCCAACCGGUCGCUUCUGCGAUGGCCGUCUCAUCAUUGAUUUCCUUGGCGACAGCGUUGGCACAACUUUUCUGAACCCAUACCUGGACUCAACAGCUUCCACUUUCUCAAAUGGAGUUAAUUUUGCAAUUUCAGGCUCCUCCACUUUGCCUAAAGAUGUACCAUUUUCCUUACACAUACAGCUCAUGCAGUUCCUCCAUUUCAAGGGUCGCUCUAUUGAGCUUGCCUCCACUGGAAAUUCAUUGCAUUUUGUUCAUCACGAUGGUUUUCGCAUUGGGGUUUAUGUUAUUGAUAUAGGACAGAAUGAUCUUUCUGAUUCAUUUGCUAAGAAUCUGUCUCUUGCUCAAGUUGUGGAAAGCAUCCCCUCAGUGAUCUUGGAGAUAAAAAAUGCUGUUCAGGCUUUAUAUGCUGAAGGUGGGAGGAAAUUUUGGAUCCAUAAUACAGGGCCAUUAGGAUGUCUUCCUAAGAAGCUCUCCUCGGCGCAGAAACUUCCGGGCGAUGUUGAUCAGCACGGCUGUCUUUCCAGCUACAAUGCUGCUGCAAUGUCAUUCAACAAAGCCUUACUUCAUCUAUGCCAAGAUUUGAAAUCUGCAAUGCCGGAUGCCACCAUUGUUUAUGUGGACAUUUACUCCAUCAAGUUUGACCUGAUAAUCAACUCUGCUGAAUACGGAUUUUCAAACCCUUUAAUGGCAUGUUGUGGAUUUGGAGGUCCUCCUUACAAUUACAACAGCAAGAUGUUUUGUGGGCAGCCUGGCAGCCAGGUUUGUAGUGAAGGUUCAAAAUAUAUAAGUUGGGAUGGUAUCCAUUACACUGAGGCUGCAAACAGAAUCAUAGCCACAAAGAUACUUUCUGGUGCUUUUUCCACUCCAAAUGUUUCUUUUGAUUCCUUUUGUAAUUGA